UGGGCGGGGCCCUGUGUAGCAUGGAAGUCACCGACCGUACAGCUUCCGGCUCACACAGAGACAGGUGCUGCAGCCGUCUCCCCCUUCCAGGUAUUUGAAAACAGAUUAAAAUCAUUCAUCAGAUAUGGCAAGCUUACGUCAUCAAGAACCUGAGCCUUGGUAUGCGGGCAGAGUGUAUUCCAGGUACUGGAAGCAUUACAGGCAAGCAAUGCAAUGGCUGUACAGACACAAGCGAGCCUAUAGAACUGCCGUGUCCUCUUUUUGCUAUCCUCCCUGGUACCCUGCAGACAUGUAUCAAAAUAGUCGGUAUGCUGAUUGGGAGGGUGGAGAAUCUUCUCAGCCAUGCAACUAUAUAAGGCCACAAAAGAAAGCCAUGCAGCGCCGGGAACCUCCAUGUUUAAAGGCACAAUGCUCAGAGGAAAGAGAGUGCGAAAUGGAACAAGAAGAUGAUGCAACAUCUGAAUCUGAUGAGGAAGGAAUCGAAUGCGAUAUGAGCAACAUGGAGAUCACGGAGGAGCUGCGGCAAUACUUUGCAGAAACAGAGAGACACCGGGAGGAGCUAAAGAGACAGCAGCAGCUUGAGGCGGAAAUGCAUGAACAGUAUGUAGAUGCAGGUCAUGACCUGCACAUCCCCACAAAAAGAUCAACCCAGCCUCCUUCCGAGAGGCCUGGAGAAAGGCGUAGGAUAGAGAUGAAGAAACUCUAUGGAGAAGAUGCAGCUAAAAUCCAAGGAAUGGAAACUGCGAUGCAGCUUAACUUUGACAGACACUGUGAUAAAAAGCAACCAAAGUACUGGCCAAUCAUCCCAUUAAAAUUAUAACUCUUUUGAACAUUUGCGAUAUAUUAAUAUUAUCAGACACUGCAGAUGUAUGGAUCUGUAAAGUUAACCGUACCAUUCUUUAUAAAUCUACAUUACUUAUGGCAAUAGUUUAAUGCACUGAGUUAAUGUAUAACUUGUUUUUUGCAUAUUUCUUCAAUAUUUCAGUCAAUAUGUUUUUAGCUUUUUCUUUUGAAAAGGGUUUUUGCAUUGUACUUUUCCUUACGGACAAUGUAUAUUGUAUGUGGCACCAUAUACCAUAUAUGAAUUACAUGUAAAUUAUCCUUAAUGCAGUUUCAAGUUCUAUUUGUCAAAAAUGGUAGCCUGUACUGAUAGGUCACACAUUUGACCAGUGGCAAAUGAAGGGCAAGCUUAUUUUUAUUUGCAAAUUGAACCAUACAGUUAAUAGAUGACCACCUCCAAAAUAUUACCUUUUCUAUUUAUGUAUGUGCAUCAAGAUGCUCUUACUAUGAAGACUUCUCUUGUAUGUACAUGCUGUCCUUUUUUAUAUUGUGCAUAUUGUUCAUAAUUAUGAUGUGUUAGUAUUUUAUUAGCUUUUUAUGUUUGACAUUAGUUUUGGUUAGUGAUAUGGUAAAUGUUCUUGACAUGUUAAGAUGUUCAGCUUACGUGCUGUUCUAUGUUUUGGUUUUAUUCCCUCAGCAACAUCAUUCAUUUUAUAUCUGUAAUUUCAGAGUGAUUUAAAUUUCAACUUUACUGCAUUAUGCAAUUUACUGCUGAAAUAGAACUGGAACUGUUCUCUUCCCUCCCAAGUUCUCCCAUGUGCGUGAUUUUUAUUGUCAAUUCAGAUUCUUCGAGUAAGAGAAUCUGAACGUUCUGAUCUGGACUGCACUCUGUAACAAGUGAUGUACUGAAGAAGAAUUAUGCUUUUUAUCUCACAUUGUGCCUUUGGCCAUUACAAAGAGAUUUUCACUUUGGUGAAUAAAAAAGCAGAUAAUGUCUCCAAAUCUGUAUUGAAUAAAAUAAAUGGACAUUUCAAAGCAUAAAA